AUGGAUUUCUUCAUACACGAGUGCUCACUGACCAAAGAAGAAAAAGGGGAUACGAUAAGGUCCCCUUACUCCUCUCGGUUACAAGCGGCCUUUUUCUGGUUUAGGGAAAUCACAACGGUGGAGAGGAACGAGCAAAGUCGGAGGUAUUUUCGAAGUAUGGCUACGCUCUUGAAGGAGAAGAAGCGGCACUUGUUGACGAAGCAGUACGCCUACACCAUACACCCAUUCAGCAGGUUCGUGAAGUACAGACAAAUGUUCAUGUUUGUGGUGUUGUUCUUAUCGCUGUGGUUGGAUCCCUACUUGGGGUCCUUCUACGCCAGAGUGUACUUCGAUCCGACAAGAGAGCGUAUUCCUAUCGACGGAGUGGUGGUGAUUUUGACCUUCUGCCUCACCAUUGAUCUAGUCGUAUGUUUCUUCAUGGGAUACAACGUCGACAAAACGCGGGAAGUGGUUUUGCAGCAGAAGAUGAUCGCCAAGAGAUACCUGCGAACCUUCUUCUUCUUCGACUUCAUACCCCUCCUCCAAACUUACCUGAUGAUUUUUUUUGGCAGACACAUCUCCAUAGAGGCCCGAAUUUUUAUAUACACCUUCAAGAGCUUCCGCGUGGUACGAUUAUUCACCAUGCUUCAGAAUUUCAUGACGGUGUUGAAACGCCUGAGAAUUAAAGAGCUUCAGCGAAAAAUCUGCGCCCUCGUGGUCUUAGCUUGCUUAUUCCUACACUUCUGUGCUUGCCAUAUAUGCUUAAGCGCGGAGCUUCGCGAAAUAUCGGGGUAUGUGAAGUCGGACUCGUGGCUAAACCGACUCGAGGAAUUCCGCGCCGCCAAAGUGCAAGCCCUCGAUCCCACCGCUGAAGACCCGGUAAUGCUGAAAUACCUAGUUUUCAUCAAGUACUACGGAACGAUGUCCGACUACUUGGAGCACUUCCAAGUCGUCGUGUCCCACUUCAUGGGCGCCGGCAUCGGCCAGUACAAGACCCGCGACGAGCGCGAAAUGAUGAUCUUCUCCAUGCUCCUCAUCUUGGGCUUGUUCUACUGGGUCGUGAUGCUCGCCUACGUUCUUCAGAUAUACGGCACCACCAAAGUGUCCGAGUCCUCGUUCGAGGAGCUCCUGAUGCACAUGACCAACUACAUGGUCCGCAACCGGUUCCCGCACAGACUCAAGAGACGCAUCCUCAAGUACUACGACAUCAAAUUCAACAAGAUGUUCUUCUCAGAAAUCGCCAUCCUGAACACGCUAUCGGUCCAUCUCCGGAUGGAAGUCCUUCUUUACAGCUGUCGACACAUGGUUUCGAGUGUGCACAUCUUCAGAGGACUGUCCAGAGCGGCCGUGGGGAGCAUGCUGGCCCUGCUCCGCCACGAGAUUUACCUGCCGGGGGACAUCAUCAUGUCGAACGACGACCCCCUGGAGACCAAGAAGCUGUUCUUCGUCGCGUAUGGGACCUGCGCCAUGCUGACCACUGGAGGGGUGGAGGCGACCCACAUCGAAGACGGCAACCAGUUCGGGGAGAUCGCGCAGGACGAGACCGACCCCAUCACCGUGCUGUACACGGUGCAGGCGAUCGAAGUCGCCGAUAUCUACUACCUCCGAGAAACGGACUUCCAGUACUGCUGCGCCCGCCACCCGGAGAUCCUCCACAAGAUGUCCGGGGUGCUGAAGCAGAAGAUGGAGCAGUACACGAUGAUGGUCUCGGUGACGGAGGCGGGCACUGGCGGCUUCUACGGGGCCGACAUCAUCACCGAGCUGAGACUAAAAAGAAUCCUGCAUAGAGGCAUCAGACGCGAGUUGAUGAUGUAG